AUGGCGGGGAAGUCGCGAUGGAGCGAAGUGACGAUGGCUCCAGCUGAUCCGAUCUUGGGAGUCGCAGUAGCUUACAACGCUGACCCGUCGCCCAAGAAGGUCAACCUGGGGAUCGGGGCGUACCGAGACUCGGAGGGGAAGCCGCUUGUGCUGCAAUGCGUGCGAGAGGCGGAGAAGCGAAUCGCAAACGACGAGGCGCUGAACAAGGAGUACCUUCCUGUGCAGGGCUUCGAUCGCUUCCUCAAGAUCACUCCUCAGAUCAUCUUCGGGAAGGACUCACCUGCUGUUGUGGAGGGAAGGGUGGCAGUCUGCCAAAGUUUGUCAGGAACCGGAGCUCUUCGUAUCGCCGCCGAGUUCAUCGCCAUGUACAACCCGGGCACAAUGGUGUAUAUCAGCAACCCCUCCUGGGGAAAUCAUCACACCAUCUUCAAGAAAGCCGGGCUCAAGUACCUGAACAAGACCAUGGGGCUCGAUUUCGACGGAAUGGUGGCAGACCUAUCAGCUGCUCCUAGAGGAAGUACUUUCGUCCUCCACACGGUGGCACAUAAUCCGACAGGUGUUGAUCCCUCACAGGACCAGUGGAAGAAGCUAGCAGACGUUUGCCAGGAGGCAAUCUUCGACACGGCAUAUCAAGGUUACGCCAGUGGAGAUCUCGAGCGAGAUGCGUGGGCUGUGCGAUAUUUCGCAAACACGCGGGGACUUGAACUCAUGGUCACUCAGUCAUAUUCCAAGAACUUCGGACUCUACGGCGAGCGCAUCGGAGCCUUGAACGUGGCUGUCAAGAGCAAGGACACAGCCGCUAAGAUUAGUUCCCAACUGAAGGGCAUCGUUCGUCCCAUGUACUCCAACCCGCAGCUUCAUGGCGCGCGACUAGUCACAUGGGUCAUGGAGGAUCCUGCCUUGAAGGCGCUGUGGGAAAAAGAGCUCAAGGAGAUGUCCGAUCGUAUCACGGAGAUGCGAUCCUCGUUGGUUGCUGCACUGGUCGAGAUCAACUGUCCUCCUCCUAACGCCAACUUCCGGAACUGGAACCACAUCACCUCGCAGAUCGGCAUGUUCGCCUUUACUGGGCUGAGCGAGAAGCACUGCUCCCUGCUGACGGGGAAGCAUCACAUCUACUGCACUAAGAACGGAAGAUUCUCCAUGGCUGGAGUGAACCCAAGUAACGUCAAGUACAUCGCAGCCGCGAUGAAGGACGCAAUCAACUCCUGCUCGAAGCUUUGA